AUGGCUCCAAAGAAAAACCUUUCGCUCACAAAGCCUCUCUCCACACAGCAACUCCACAAGGAGCAAAUUAAACAGGCUCUUCAGGGAGCUACGGAAGAGGAGAAGAAGAGUUUGUUUCAAAAAAAGAAGGACCAUAUUCAACGGUAUCAUACGGAGGUUUUGGAUAGAAUUAAACCAUUCAAAAAGCCUUUUAAUCAAAAAGUACAUGUACCUUUGGUUCCGAAGAAGGAUGACUUGGAGACAUUACAAGAUGAAGAAUUAGAUUUUGAUCAGGUGAUGAGGGAUUACAUUUUGAGUGAAUGUAGUUUUGAUGAGGAAAACAAGGCUGGAUUCUUCCUUGAUGAUGCUGAUCCAGACUUUAAAAAAGCAGUCACCGGUAUUGAAAAUGUUGAAGUUGAUCCUUCCUAUGAAUACGACCAAGAACCAAUUGAAGAAGAAGUUUACUCUGCAAAAACUCUCUCAAAAUUACAAGCUAUCAAAGCAUUCACAGGAAAGGAUGAAAAAUUAUUCGCCAAACAAUUCAAAUUCAUUUCGACUGGAUACUAUAAGACUGCGAUUGCUGAGGCAAUGAGUGCAUCUACGGUCAGUCACAUUCAAUUAGAAAAGAGCGAAGUCAUGGAAACCAUCAAACAACUCAAAACAUAUGACCAAGCAAUCACACAACCAGGUGAAGGUCUUUUAUUCUCAGAACAAGAUCCUAGCCUUGUAUUCUUUAUUUCUGUCUACAUGAAGAAUCCAUAUUUGCAUUCCAUUUCAGCACCUGUCGAUGUCCCAUUUUUAAAACCCAUUCUGAGUUUCUCGAAGGAACAACUUCCAUUCUCAUCUCUCCAAAUGUUACUUCUCGUUCAAGACGACCAAUACGAUGCCUACACUCAAACAUUGAAGGACUGUGAAUUUAUUACAAAAUUGAAAAUUAUGAAACUUUCAGACUUGAUGGUUGAAAUUGGAACGACCUAUCUUAAAGGAAAUACAUUUGAAAACACUAGAUUUGGCAGAUUCAACGAUAAGAAGCAUUUCUUGAACCAAUACGAUUUACUAUUUUGUGACGCUACUCUUUCGAGAAAAGUUUCUGCCCUAUUCAACUCCUAUAAAAAGAGAAAGCAAGGAGUGAGACCAGUGACACUUGAUAAUGUUUUGGGUUGGAUCAAUAACGAUCUUACUCAUUCCAAGGCAUUCAUUGUGCAAGGUAAUUCGCACUUUACCAUUCGAAUUGCUCGUACUGAAUGGAAUGACAAGGACAUUUUUGCAAACGUUUCACACUUUUUGGAGAACAAGACAAACAAUGCAGAAGUUAGAACUGCAUUUUCUCAAUUGGUUCAAAGUGACAUUAGAAUGGUCAUGCUACACACGAAUCGUUCUAUUUAUGUGAAAAUUUAUGAAAAUGUUGAUAUUGAUAUGGACAAGGCUAAAACUUUCAAAGCUGAGAAGAAAUGGAGAAGUCGAGGAAAGAAGGAAGAGACGCUUCAGGAAGAAGCAGCAACCACACACGCUUCUUUAAUCCAACCAACCUCAACACCAAAGAAAGCAGUCAUGACUCCAAGAAAGAGUGAGAUAGCAACACCUGCUCGUGUUGUUGGUAAUUCAUCAUCGGAUGAAACUUCCGCACCACUCACUACUAGCACGCCAAAGAAGUUAACAUCAUCAAUAACAAAGAAACAAGCAACUGCAGAGAGUGCUACAAAUAACAACAAACAGACUGAAGAAGCUAUUGCAACACCAAAGAAGAAGGACAAUGUUCAACCAACAUCAGCGAAAAAGCAAGGCCCUUUAUCAGCAAAUCCUGAAGAAGUCACAACGUCCACAGCAGCAGUUACCACUCCAAAGUCAGACGUUCCCAGUAGUACUACCAAUGAAGAGCCAAAGAAAAAUAACGCCUCAACACCAAAGAAACAACACAUGAACGAGGACACACAAACUCGAGUCCUAUCCUCUGCUCAAAAGAAAACAAAGAAGCAAGAUGUGGUUGCAACUCCAAAGCGUUCUAUAAGCGAUUUAAAGUCGAAGCUCAGCAGUUUACAACCAAAGAAAUCAGAAUAA